AUGCUUGAUGCCCCUUUGACUGCCAACGACUUCUACUACGCCAUCAAACACAAUUCUCGUGGGAAAUCGCCGGGGACGUAUGUCGAAGUUCCAACGUCGUGCCUACCUCUCGCUUUUGUCCAAAAAAGGUUCUUGGGCAGAUCCCAAAAAUUAUCGUCCGUUGGCUUUACUGAACAAGACGCCAAGCUUGGACCCAAGGCUUUGGCUUAUCGCCUUAAUCAUGUUAUACGUUCCCUACUCGGUGUGGACCAAUUUGGUUUUAUGCCUGGGCGCAAUAUUCGCCACGCUCUUUGA